AGUGCUCUUCAGGUUAGCGGGUGAGACGUUUCAGGAAUUGAGCUUGCAGCGCGAGUUGCAUAUCUCUUUUUUGGUUUGAGAGUUUGGGACAAGAACGAUAGAAGAGGUGUUCGUGAGUGCUGUUCUGUGUUCAUCGUUCCGGUGGAUUGUUUUGUUCUUCUUCAGAUCAACGUUAUCUCCGAAAAGUGUAAAUGAAACGCUCGGCAGUCCAAAACAAACAUCUACAACAUCACUCCAAUUACCUACACGAACUCCUAAUAGUGUGUUGUUAAUGGCAAACAAAACAUAUUCGCGACGUUUCUGAAUUAAGGAAUCGUCAAAUUCGUUCCGCAGUACGAUAAUAAAAGAAAUUGUUCAAAAUAUCUCGUAAAUUUUUCGCCAAAAUGGGCUGUGAACUCGGUAAAUUGGCUGGGAGGGGUCAUGCUGAUAAUAAUGGAAAGUUAGACGAAGUGGGCCCUCCGGCGCAACCUCCACCGGUUGAUUCGCGGUUACCCCUCACGGCUAAACAGAAAUAUAGCAUGCUGGCUUCGUGGAAGGGAAUUAGCCGAGCUAUGGAGAGCACUGGGGUUUGCAUGUUUCUAAAAUUAUUUGAAGAACACGCCGAGCUAAUCAGCCUUUUCGAAAAAUUCAAAGAGCUGAAAACCAAAGAAGAACAAGCCAACAGUUUGGAACUCCAAGAGCACGCCACUACCGUUAUGAAUACUUUAGAUGAAGGAAUCAAAGGACUCGACAAUUUGGACGCGUUCUUUGAAUACCUCCACCAAGUGGGAGCAACACAUCGUCGGAUACCUGGCUUCAAAGUGGAAUAUUUUUGGAAAAUCGAGAAACCUUUCCUGGAAGCUGUAGAAUUAACGUUAGGAGAUAGAUACACCCAAAACGUAGAAAGUAUAUACAAAAUAACAAUAAAAUUCAUAAUAGAAACAUUGAUAAAAGGUUAUGAUAACGCCAAUAACGCAAACGCACCUACGUGAAGAUCUUCAGACUGAAAAUAAAAAAGUUAAAUGUGUACUGCUAAAAAUACCAAUUUGAUUUUUAUAUAUAGAACCAAAUAUAUCCAAUUAAUCCGAAAAAUAGAAUUUGGGCAAUGAUUUCCCGGAUAUAUAAACAUUCUUUUAUAAAAUGUACAAUUACUUUCAAAAUUUAUUCAUAUAACGAUUUCUAAAAACAUUAUAUUUGUAUCAAAAUCCACAUGUUAUUAUCUAGGUUAAGUUUGAUGUUUCUACCCACAGAUUCAAUUAUACUAGACAGGGCAUUCGAUGAAAUUCGUUAGAACGAGAUACAAAGCAGUUUAAGGUAUAGUUAUCUCUUAUUUUUUUACACAUAAUUCCGAAUCUUGUGAUUUUUUUUCUUCUCUUCUAACUUUAGUCCCUUUUUGUAAAUAUGAUACCGAUGACUGGUAUUAGUGGAUGGCUGUGUAUCCCAUGUGAAAUCGGCAAUAGAAUAAGAAGUAGAAAAGAUUUUUUUUCUAUACCAACUUGUCAAAUGAAUUGGAUCACUCUAAAUUAAAUAAAUUUAAAGAAAAUUGAACUAUAAUUAUUAUUUUUGAUUGUUUUGUAUCAAGAAUUGUCAAAAUUUCUACGAUUUUGGAUAUUUUUGGAAUUAAUUUAUUAGAUCUUAGUUAAAUUUCGUAUUCUUUUAAAUCAAUAACUCAUAUACGUAUAAUCAUACUCCGGGAAUGAGUUGUUCAAAAAUGUGUUACCUAUGAACCAAAACCCACCCUUGAGUGUAUCAUGUAAAUAUUUGUGUGUAUGUAUUUGACGUAAGAAUUAGAAAUGAUAGUGUACUAGUUGAAAGAAAAAUGAAUCAAUAUUAUAAAACAAAUCCUCGAAUAAUUAACUUUAAAAAUGGAGGUUUUCACUAUGGUUUUUUUAGGUUAAUUAUUAUUUAGUUUGUAGUUCAUUAUUUCUAGACUGUAUAAUUUUAGUAUGACCAGUAUUUCAUGACAUCGCUUCCAAUUCCAUAAUUACGUAGUUAGUGACGUAAUAUUUAAACUACGAAUUGAGUGUCCUUAUAACUAAAUUGAAAUUACACCUCUGAUUUAGAUUAGAACGUUUUUUUUUUGAUAGACUAAAGGUCUUAAAUAGAAAAUUCCUAAACAGCUUGAAAAUCGACUUUUUGAUAAAUAUAUUAUCGUCAUCUGGGCAGUACACAAGUAAAAAUAACCGAAACAACACAGACGAACUUUUAAAAAGUCCUAGCUUGAUUCCAAAGCCAUUCAUAUCUAAAUAGUACCUAGUACUUCAUAUUGAAUUCCUCUGCUCUUAUUAUGUGAAAAUCCAACGAUUUUUUUACGCUUUUUAUACAAUUUUUGUGAAAAAUACAUAAAACAUCAAAUUAAUUCUAAAAAGAACUAAUUUUAGCAAUAAAUACUUGUUCAAUCCAAAAAUUCGCUAAAAAUAACACAGUAAAAAAAGCUCACCCUAAAGUUGUUUAUAUCGUUGUCUCUUUUUACGAUUUAAUGUCAAUGUCAAUGUCAAUGUCAAUUUAAAGAAACUGCUACGUAUGUCUUUUAGUUGAUCUUGUAGAGAAGACAAUCGAUCUAAUGUUGUUAUUUUUGAUUUCUAUUGAUAGAAGAAGACAGUACGUAGAAAAUAUGUGUUUGAUAAAUCGUAGAUUGAGUCACGUGAUGGAAGAACUUCACCGUUUCUACUAGAGUAUUCUUUCCCUUUUCUUACUUAGCGUUUGUUAAAAUUUUUAUCUCUUUUUAUUCGAGGAUCUGUUUACAGAUACUGCUUCUUGUAGAUUAACAUUAGUACUUAUGUCAAUUGUCUAAAUGUAAGAUAGAAAAUAACUAAAUAUAUCGCAAAAAAAUAAUACCAUCUGUUUGAACAUUUUAAAACUUCUGAGUAUAUAAAUACAGACUUUUUAUAAAUGGAUACUUAUUUUGAAUUAAAAAUCAAUUUGAUUCUAUGAUGAGUUACACCUAAAUGCCAGAGAUAAUGACGUGGCGGAGGUUUUCGUCGACCGGAAUUUCCAGUUUGGUAAAUAUUUAGAAGAUGGGCUUCACCCCAACCUUACUCCAAAAAUUGUUUGCUGCACUUCUGAUCCUUUCAGAGGAUAAAAUAGGUUAUGUUAAGGUGGGGGUAAUAUUUUUCAACAUAAUUUCAGUUUACUGUUUUAUGAUUUGUUUAUAUAUAAAUAAAAAGUUAUUUUAUUCAUUAUAUGAAUUAUCAACAAUUACAUUACAUGACUACCUAUAAUAAUAAAUGGAAGAAAUACAUAAAUAUUUCAUUUCAUAAGCUUCCAACGAUUGACUUAACCUAAUCUAACCUAACCUAACCUAACCUCUAGAUGACAGCGUAUUCCGAUAUGAUUGGAUACUUAUUGGUAUUCAAUAUGCAUAUGAUAAUGAGUGUUAUGAUGGAAAAUAUGUGUCUCCCCCACCCUUAAAGUACUUUCGCAGCACUAAAAAACAACCCUAUAGGUAUAUACGAAGUUUAUUUCCAAUUAAAAACAUCGUGGCGCUUUCCGCCGUUUAUUACGUACCCACCCCUUGCUUCGCCAAUUAUAAGAGAGAAACAGAUUUAGUUGUAAACCCAACGUUGCAGAGACAUUUAAAAUUUCGAAAGUUUAUUCUAAUAAAAUGAAAUAAUUAUUCGCGGCAGCGGAUUUUUGAAUGAUUAGCAUAUAAAUGAGAACGAACUCGAAAAGUAUAAAAAGUUUGAUGCAUAGAAAUUUGUUCAAUAAUAAAAUUCAUCUAUGAUAGAUGGGUAAUUAUUUUUUGUACAGACUGUAAUAAAACAUUCAUUUAUUCAUUUUUCUUCCAACGCAGCUGAAUAAUAUUAAUAAUAUGUAUGUUUACAAUGAUAAAACAGAUAUUAUUUUGUAAUAAUAGAUUUAGACUAAAUUAUUCCGCUUAGUUCUACCUCUAUUAUUAUUGAAGUACUCCAUCAAAAUCAACUGAGAUCUGUUUUUAAUGUAUGUAAUGAUAUUUUAACUAGUAUUAAAAAUUAUACCAUCAAUUGUUGGUUAGAUAUAUUUCAGAUACAUUUACAUACAUUUAUACAAAAUCAACAAGCUUCAACUUCAUUUUCAACUAAAAAAAUACCAAAGGUAAAAUGAUUCCACUUAAAAGUAAAUAAAUUGAUCAAAAAUAAUUAUAUGAAAAGCAAUCGUCAAUAGCAAUGAGUCAAAAGAUAAUUAUCGAAAUGAUUUUCACCAUGUUUCUUAUAAAUAGUUAAUCACUACCACGUAUAAAACUAAGUAUAUGUUUUGAAUCUCAUAAAUAAAAAGAAACGACUACGUUUCUUUCAUUUAUUUCUGAAUCCGCAGAAAUACAUACUUAAAAUAUUUAUUCCUUCUAUUUCUAUAUUGUUAAUGAACUAUUUUGUUAAACAGAUCGAAUUUACUAACAUUUAGAGAAACUUUGAAAUACCUCCUGUAUAUAUAUAUUUAUGUAAGACGCUACGUAUUAUUAGAUAACCGAUCCGAUCGUUAAAAUUACAAAAAUUAACAUUAAAUUAGAUAUACAAAAAUAUCUUCACAAUCUGUGAGCUACAAACAAUUUUCGUUCAAUUAUUUCACUGUGAUUUUAUAACACUUCCUAUACCUGAACGGAAGUUCCUUGAACCCCCUAACGUCUAACGAAAUUAGGUUAGGAAUUUAUUAUGUCAAAGGGCUGACAUCUCAUUCCUUAUUCUUGUAGUAACUCGAUCAAAAGUUAUUUGGCUAAGUGAUUUAAAGGAAGAGGCCAAACAGAAAAAGAAAUAAUUUGAUAUUCUAGUGACGACGUAUGAUCACAAUUUGGGCAUAAUUUAAUUGAAUCAUACUUGGAAUAAAAACUAACCCACACGCACUUAGUCCUGUUGCUGUACAUUUUCCAAGUUCUUUUUUUCAUUUUAAAUUCAUUAAUAUCGGACUGAACAGGGUAUAAUGAUCAUUAGAUAGGUAUUUAAUAUAAUUUCAAAGUAUUGGAGACUACAUCUUUUAUUCCUACAUUUUAAUUUUUUAUCGUCGAUUUGACAGUGAAAAAACAUCGUUAAUUAAUAAUAAACAGAUCUCAUUUAAUUUUGAGACAUUUUUUUAUAUAAAUGAGAAUAUUUCUAUCGAUAAAUAACCAAACAUUGCUCCUAUAAUGAUAAUGAAUUAUAUUGCACUAGAUUUUGAUCUGUGUAUCGUCAUUAAUUAGAAUUAUUUUCAUAAAUUUGUAACAUAUAUGCAGAACUAAUAUAAUAAUCAUUCUUAAUUUUCAUUUACUGAAAUAUUUUUUUCUUGUAUAAUUAUGUUGACAUUUUAUUCUAGAAACAUUUGUUUGACCUCCGUAUAAAAGUACCUAUUCAGCUUGUCGCCUUUAAUAUAUUUGUACGUCACAUUACAUUUAAUCAAUCAUAUUUCGUGAGUUGUCAUUCAAAGAGUGGUUUUGAAUGUUGUUUAACAUUUUGAUAUUUUAUUACAGUUUCGUUAUCUUUUGUGAGAAUUAUUAGAAAAGUUAAUUAAGACAACUACAUAUAACAUAACCUCACUAUGGGAGUUAAUAAAAGCUGAACCAUUAUUUAAGGAGAACCAUUACAUGUGCAUGUCGUUUCAUUUUUAAAUAGUAAUUGAAGUGUGAUUAUUCUAUAUUUUAGAUGAAUGUACCUAGUAUUGAAAAAGUUCGUUUUUAUAAAAAUUAUUCAAUCAAUUUUUACAUAUUUUUGAGUAAAUUAAAUACUCAAGAAACUAUUUAAACUUGUUUUAAUUUGAAUAGUGAAUAUAUUGAUGUUUAAUAUGUUUUCCUGGCGAACUUCAAUAAAUGUUAAUUGUAUAAAAUGUAAAUUUACGUUAUAUGAAUAUAUGUACAAUUACAAGUUAAAUAUAGUUAUAAUAUUUUAUAUUUGUAAUAAUUGUAUUAUUUGUUAGAAUUAAAUUUAAUUGGAAAUAUAUGAUUGUUUUCAUCAAA